UCCAGCGGAGCAAACGUGGAAAGUCCUUUGAGCGCGCGGCAAAACCGGGACUGUAAUUCGAUUUUUUCCUAUUCUCGACCAUUCGGACUCUGAGUGUGGUGGGUGGGCAGUCAAAAAAAAGGCUGCAACAACACCUCAGCAGGGACUUUCUCUAUUGAAUCAGUCAGCAGACUUUUGGAUGCCGCCCUCCGGUUGAAUCGAAUCAUCCCCCAGGGAUCGUUUUCGACGAGCGAGUGUUUCCCGGAAUGGCUGCCCGGGAGCAAAUUAUCAUGUAAUUGUUGAAGUGACCCAGUCAGUAUGAUAGCUUGUUGAAGAAAACUUUCUUCCAGAGUUGAUUUAGUGAAACAGUGCUCCAAACAAGUUUCGGUUGGUUGUUCGAAGAAGAAUUGAUUAACCUAAAGCCCCUGACAGUCAGUCAGUGCUGCUGUGAGCUGUGUAUUUGUGAAAGCAAUAAAAUAUACGCAACCUGUGUCCUGAGCGGGUCCUGUCUCCCUGAUUGGGGGAGUUAGUGUUCAAAUAAAUGUAUUAAAGUGGCAGUAAAUCGUCGUUGCGUUUGACGGUACGGCUCUUCUAGGGGAGUUAAAGCAGCUCAGCUGGUGGCUCCAGAGAGUGAGAGCGAAAAAAGGAGAACGGAAGCACGUUGUGUCUUUGGUCCUAACCGAGCAGAAGUGAUUGCUUCUCCAAUGUCAAUUGGUGUUUGUUAGUGAAUGGCAGACGCACGUGGGAGGAUGUCGCUCUUGGAGUAUCACUGAAAAAGGGAGAGAAUCCUUAUCGGUGUUAUCUAUGCUGGGAGUGCGAUGGUGUGCGUCCUUCGAGACUCUAGUUAUUAGUAGACUCCUAGACUGUUGGUGGUCUUCGUCUAGCUUUCGAUGCCAGUAAACUUGGGGAUUCCAUCAACGGGAGCAAAACCAACUCGACGGCACUGACUACGACGACUACGACAAAGUCAGGCCACGGAUCUAUCAGAAGGGCCACAGUCAGGCUGUGUUUGUGCGGAUGUCCUCGUUUCAAGACGUGUACACAUCAGAACUCCGGGGCGGUUGCGAUUUCACGAAGAAGAAUUUUCCACUUCUGACUUUUUCCCUCCCAGUGUAGUGCAUUGUCUGUGAAAAUCUUCGCUGUGACACUAUUCUAUCGACUUACUGUUUGCCAGGAACCGGAAAACGUCUUUGCAGCUGGAGCCCCCCACAGGAAUUCGUCCAUCCGAUCCGAACACAAUGCAUAAUAAGCUCCAUUGAAAGAAGUCGACUGGUGGAACGAGGGCGGAAAAACUGGAUACAAAAGUCCUAUUGUUUUGUUAAUGUUCGAUGAAAAACAAGUGAAAUCCUCUGGAAGACAAUACAGGAAUAUUUUCCACCUAUACUCAACUUACUCGGAAAGUGGCUGAAAAAGUGCUUUGAUCAGGACUCGUCCAUAGUGCAAGGUGUUUGUUGAUGUUAUUAUCAUUGCUGUAAUCAUUACAAGAGCUCUCGUAUACAUAUAAAAGCUAGUCGGUCUAUAUCGUGAAGAUUACGUGUAUAUCGCUGUAUGUAUGAAAGUAUCUCUACCCCCACCCACAAUACCCCCCAAUCGUGAAUCGUCGUCUACGCCUACCCAAAAAAUAGUAGAGUGUCAUAGAAGAAGCUGUUCGUCGUUCGUGCUGCUGCUGCUAGAAUAUUGCCAUGCCGUGCACAUCUCGUUAUAUAGCGAUUAACCGACCUGUAUCGCCCGCUCUCUAUCUCUAGAACAAGUGAAUGUUAUUGUCUCAACAAACUCGUCGUACUUCGGGGCACUUUUGUGUAUCAACAAAGCCUCCCUACAACUAUUUCUAAGCCGUUGUCGUUGUCUAUCAUAAGCUGCAUCUAGAAGAAUCCUUAAACGUAGGAAGAGCCCAUAGAAAAAAAAAUCCAAAGUGUCGUCGCUCUUCUCUGUGUGUCAUCACUGUUGCUCGAUGUCGUUCGAGGAAAUAUAUUCAACCCUAACAAGUGGAGCUUACCCGUUACAAAAAUAAGAAAAAAGCAAAGUGAAUUGAUGUGAAAGCUUGGAGCCAAAGAAGUAAUAGCUGUUCCUUGGUAAUUAUCCUAUCUGCUCAGUAAGAGCAGUAAAGAAGAAAAAAAGCAAGUGAAUCUGUCUGCAACCGAAGAAAAGUAGUUACACAACACUGCGAAACCGUAAAUUGCACACAAAUAAUACCAAAAGAAAAAAAACCAACCCUUCUUCGAGAAAACAGCGAAACCAAAAAAAAAAAUUCAUCCCCCCUUACCAUUGCCGAAAAAAAAAAUUAAACCUCGGUUGAAGUGAAAAAAAGAGAAAUCACUGCAAUAAAUUGUACCUCCGAGUGUUUCUGUGAGAAAAAGCGUUCAAAAGUGGAAUUAAUCAACAGCAGCCAGCUCGCUGGCCAAGAGUGAGCAAAAAAAAAAAAACGAGAAAAAAAGAUCUCCCACAGGAUAACGGUGCAAAAUUUGUACUAGAAAAUUACCCUCGACCGGAACCGGGGUUUUUGUGUGUGAAAACCACAAGAAAGAAAAAAACAGCGUAAAAACACAAAACAAACCAUCUGCACAAUCGGAAGUAUGAUCGAACAAUGCUGUGUUGCUGCUUCUGAUUGCUGAGAAAAGGGAUGCAAACCGAACUUACAACUUUAUAACACCAUCACCACCGACAACAUCGACUGGCGCCCGAUAAACUCCUCCAACAAACAUCGAAUCCCCGAACGAAACUUCACCGAUAUUGUAGCUGGAUAAUCCCAUACACAGAUCCCAAAUCAGUAGUGAAUAUUGUUAUUGCCUGUUGUAGUAGUGCUGUUGUAGUUUCGUAUUCGUAGUAACACCACCUGUUUGUUAUUGGUUUUGUUAGUGUGUGUGUGUGUCGUUAAAGUUGGGAAAAUUCCUGUUGCACGGGAAAAAAGAAAGAAAAGCGACCGAGUGCGAUAAAUAUUCUAGAGGAUCUGGAAAAUUGGAUAACUACAACAACCUAUAGGAAGAAAAGUGCAUGUGUGAAGAAAAACCGAAUGAAAAUCGAAUUUCACUAAAGGUGAAAAAAGGAAGAUGAAAAAACCACAAAUUGUUUAAAUCGCCGAAUAAGAGCUGGUCGGAUACCAAAUUGGGAAAGCAAUCGAAAGGGUGUCGGUUGAAAACUUAUGUUUGCCCUGUUCAAUUGGCAGGAGCAGCCCAUCGAAUUGGAAUAGAGCAAUAAAAAGGAAUUAAAAAAGGAUCAAAUUAAUUUUUGGGUUGCUCGGGAAGAGUUUGAGGGAAACAUAGUGAGAGUGAGCCAUUAAUCCUGAUAGAGAUCAGUCACUGGGUGAGCAGUGUUCCCUUUUGCGAGGAGCUGAGAUAGAGAAAGAGUUUCUAAAAGUUGAAAGUUAUCAUCAAGAUGAAAUAAAAAAUAAUUAAAAUUAAUGACGUCGUUGAUGGUGAUAAAAAUUAUUAUAUCAGUUCUCAGUUUGGUCCAGUGAAAGAGGACCAACCGAAGAGGGUUUUUUUUAUCGCAAGUGGCAAGUGUGAAUGCUAACGAAGAAGUUUCAGUUUCGAUGGGGAUCUAAAGGUCGCCUUAGAGCGAAAAUGUGUAACUUUCUAACGUGCUUCUCUACUGGGUGGAAGUAAUCGGCAGAAGAAGAAAAUGCUUAAAUUAAUGAUCUGUGAAGUCGGAAAAUAAACGAAGCACGUCGGCAGAAGGAUCAAGUGUCUCAUAAAUCUGGUCCCGAGGAUAGCGGAGAGAAGGCGAUUUAGCUGAGUUGGAUUCAUCCCUCUAGAGAGAAAUAAUCAAACAGAGAGAAAAAAUAUUUUUGAAAAAAUAACAACAAGGAAGUAGAAGUAGUGUAGUAGAAAAGUAGUAGAAAGUAGAUGAAAGUAGGAAGCAGGUGCGGUGUCUUCGAGUCGUCGACGGUCAGUGAGCAUCGAAAAAAAGUCAACCUAGCCCUUGAAAAAAAAAUAAGUUAAAGAAAAUUCCGGAGCUGCUUUGGUGAGCAACUAGCGCCUCCCACUUUUCCAUCCCCUUUUCCCCGGGAAAAAAGUUACAAAAGGGGAGGCGACCGUCUUGUAGGCGGGUGGCUUGUAAUCACCUGUAUGUAUGUUAACAGAGAAGCCGCCUCCAGGAAAAGCUAGUAAAGCAGCAUUUCUCGUUUGAGGCGAGCUGUGAAAGCGCUCGGAGGCUCAGCAAAGAAUGUCGCAGGAGACAAAUCUUGGACACAUCUAGCGAAACAAACCAGAGGAAAACUCGACAAACCUGGUGGACUGCCGAGGAAAGGCAACGUUGUAAUAGCCUAGCAGCCUGUGCAAACCACCAGCUGCCCACAGACGACGGACAUCCCAGUUCAGUCCAAACCAGAAGCACUGAGAAGUGAAUCAAGAAAGCGAGAAAGAGAGACCGAGAGCAACAAAAAGAGAGAGCACGAAAGAACCGAUCGCUGGAAACGCGUGCCAUCCGGAACAAGCACAAACCGGAAGAUGAUUCCUAACGCCACCAGCAGACUAUACCCCGGUCCCAAUCCUUAUCCCUGACAAACGACGUUGGACGAAUACUGUGAACUGACCUAUUCCAACUUUUAACUGGUUUUCUUCUGACUCAUUUGAGGAAAUGAAUACGCUAAAGACAUUUUUCUUCGUCCGUCUAGAUUGUAUUUCGGAAUUAUCCUGGAAUUGAGCUGCGAGGGACCUGGAACAUGUAAUCCAAAUUCGAAGGGAUUUGUUCGGUAGAUUUUUUUUAAAUGGAUAGGUAAAAGUGAGGAAUUUCAUCAUUGGCACAAUCGGUUAGGAUGAGCUUUGGAUUCUUCGCAGUCGUAGGGAUAAAUAAAUAGUAAAAUAAGUAAUGAUUCAGAAACAGAUACGCUUACGUGGUUUAAGGUAAUUGAUGGUUAUGGUUAUCAGUUUUUUUUCCUAACAGACAAAUGUUUGGUUAUUUAUACAAGCGUGAGGUAGGUCAGAAAUAAAGUAUUUAGGUAUAUAUUUGUGAAAUUUUAUUGAACCAAUAGGGAGGAACAGAGUCUAGUUAGUGGUUUGGGCUCGCUUGGUAAGUUGUCGUCAGUCCCCGGGUAAUAAUCGUUGUGAUCAGUAAUAAAAGUUGUUAUAGGUGUGUGUGUGUUUAUUCGUGUGUUUGUGUGUCUGUAUUUUUAUUUGUGUGAAACCACUCAUUCCUGGCCCUCCCCAAAGUGUUACUUGUGUAUUCUUUGUGCUGGGUCUAGCUCGAAUGAAAGGAAUAAGUACUGUUUUCCAGAAUAGGCCUCAGACGUCAAUAGGGAAAAAUCCAAAUGACUGACUGCUUGUGCUGAUAGUAAGUUUUUAUGUCCUUCCACUAUCGAGGAGCAUUAAAAAUUUAUUCAUUAUUCGUCGUCCGCAAAAUGGCGCAAAAGAAAGUGGGAAAAUAGGCAAAGGAAAGCGUCCAAGAGAGAGCCUCAUGGCCACAAACAUACAGUGAUCAGACAAUACCGAUGAAUAAAUAAAUAGUGGCUACCAGUUGCUUUGGAGCAGUAGUUUGAUUAGUGUUCUUGAAGCGGAACUUGAAGAAUAUUUAUGGUAGGAAUAUUCUUGCUUGCUUGCCGGCAAGGGGUAUAGGAAACUGACACGAUUUAUUAUCGAUUUUCCAAUCGGUACAGGAAUAAUAAAUAGCAAUAGCACCAAUCGAAGCUAGACUCAUUUCCUUUAAUCGGGAAAGGCAGUCUCAUGUCCUGAAAUUAAGUUCGAAUCAAUAGGAUAUAAGUGGGUAAUUUUUAGAGAAUAUUUUUGGAAUUCUUACUUUUCUACACAAUCUUAGAAGUUUUGAAUUGGGUAAUGGAAACCGUAGAGGAAUUGAAAGUUUUUUAUGCACAAAGGUGAGUUAUUUUGUUAACAUUUCAAUCACCGAUUGGUUGAUAUUUUUGAUACCGAAACAAUUUGAACGUUUUAUCAAAUAUUUUAAGUCUUGUGGAAGCAGUUCGAAUUUGUUUUUGAAAAAAAUCGCUUACCCAAGGACACAAACGAUAUCACUAGAAAUGAUAAACCCUCACAAAAUCACGCAUACAAGAAGCUAGCCCUCACUGUUACGAGCAAAGAUAAAAUGAUAACAAACUCUGAACAAACAAAGUGUUGAACAAUAUUGUUGUGUAAUUGUUAACGUGAAGCCCUCUAAAGUCUAGUAGGUUAAGUCAACAAUCAAAGUUUCAUGUGAACAGAUGAAUAAAUCCAGUUAUCGCAAGUGGGCUGUUGCAGGCCGUUGCAGAUUUUAUAUUUGUUUACACCACAUGGAACAGAAAAUUUUAGGAAAAAAACGAACUAGCUAAUCAAUAUUGCAGAUAGGAAAACAGAUUAAAUGAAUUUCAACUGAAACCAAAAGCGAUUUUGUAACAACAUUUAUACAACCGUUUAAAAAGGCUAUAAACCAUCCAACAAACUGCGGGAAAAAACAACAACAGAGAUACAAAGCAUAUGGAAGUUGCUGCGUUAAUGUUAGAUGAACUACGGGAAACCGCUUGAAUGUGUUAAUUUCUAGGGAGCUUUAACUGUCUGUCAUUAUUGUUAGAAAUCGACCCUUAACUGAAACUAUAAAUGAGAAAUAUACCAUUAUCAGAAACGCGUAACAAACCCACUCGAAUUCAGAGUUAGUUUUUAAAAAAGCUACCAAACCACAUCAUUACCAUAGACAAACAAGGUCCUCUUGAUAACUCUAGUCUAGUAGUUGCACCUCUGAAAAGUCCCUGUCCCUUUUUGAUAAACAUCUACAAGCUGCUAUGUCUAGGUGGUAACGAAGAAAAAUGUUAAACCAAUAUUUAAAUCAAUAGCUUAGACUCGCUACCAUCCCCCUAAGAAAAAAAACCUUGACUGUCGUACGUUCACUGUGGCUUCUAAUAGAUUGAUCGAAGUAUUGCUUCUAACCUAAGAAGGCAAACCGCUAAAAGAUUGAGCUCAAUUGUACUGGUAAAGAGAACGGCAACAAACUGACAACUCUCUCUCUCACAUACACAAACUCGAUUUUAAUCUCUUUCGAUCAUCGCAAGACUCUGACACAAGAUAUCAUCGAAUCAGUUCGUUAGAUAAAAAAAAAACUAAAAAUAAGCGCGAUUCGCACAAUCCAAGAUGUACGCAGCCGCCGGAGGAGCCUCCUUGGCCUCGCGCCAAGCUCGAAAAAAGCAGGCCAAACAAAACACCCAGAACAAGGCCACCAACCAGCAGAUCCUCCGUGAGAAGCUCGCUGCCAAAGCGGCCUCAACACCGACCAAAAGUAAACAUUUUCACCAGCUACCUGCUUCCUACCUGCGGGCACCACACCAACACCACCGGAAGCUUAGCGCCGGCUAUACCACUGUCCCCGGUUAUGACCAGCACCAUAAGUCGCUGCUCCCGAUCAGCGAACAGUCAUCGUCGUCUCAUGGCGUCGGUGCCCAUCCACCUCAUUCGUCCCAUCAUCAUCAUCACCAACAUCACCAUCACCAUCCGGGACAUCCGGGACCAUGCUAUGCCCUCCAUGGACCUCCAGGUGGAGCCGGAACCAUCGCGACCACUCCCCAAUUCCCCAAACCGACCGGAUUCCGCGAGUACGACAAACUGGUAAGACGUCAACAGCUAACCAAAUCCGCUACCGCAACAUUACCACUGGUCUCUCAAGCACAAGACCCCAGUCCCCCGCAAACGCCAACCCUCUGCUUCGGCGACCAUCAACAUCAUCCGACGCCGUCGCAGACCCCCCUCGUCAGUAGUAGCAACCAAACCGCAUUAUCACAACCCCUCCAUCUCCAAAUUCCCACCAACGAUCCGAUCAUAAUUACACCGGCCACACCGCAGGCCACUCCUCCCGGAAAGCUCCAACUCCACCUUCACCCGACGACAACAACUGCCACCGACGAUGAGGGACAUCCCUUGACCCCGACGCCCGGGGCCCUCGAACGAAAGUGCAGUGUCUAUCGGGGUCGCAAGCUAGAUCCCUGUGAAGAACACUUUUACACCUGUACUGCAGCCGCGGGAACGACACCGACGACAAUAAACCAUCAACACCACGAUGAUCAUCACUCGCCCGCCACCGCCUACUACACGCCGCUGUUGCCCAAUGGGGAAGGGCACGUGGCCGGGUCCACCUACGUGUGCAAGUGGGACACCGAGUACUACUGCUGCGAUGCCGAGCACCGGCAGCUGGGCGUAUGUACCUGUGACCAUGCCGAGUGUGCCCAAGGCCGUGCCGCCUGGUUGGAACGCGGUAGACGAUGCAGCGUACAAGAAACACCCGCCUCUUGCCAUCGACGAUGGGUCAAACGUAAUCGGGUACAAGACUCAUCGUUGGGUGGCUCCUCGGACGAUGAAGACUUACUCGGUGUGCUGCGAGGCCCCAGUUCAUUCGCCAAUGCCUUCCUUUACGUAGGUUUAGGUACGAUAGCAAUUGGAUUAGUUAUAGCGUUCGUCGGAACCGGCGAGAAAGGAUUCAAAACGGUUGAACUAAGACUAAUCGGACCAUCGUUAAUUGGUCUCGGCUUUAUUUGUUGUGUACUGCGUAUUCUAUUUUGUAUUUGUCCAUCGCACUGUUUAUCAUGUAGUCGUAGAGCGCGGAAUAAGAAAAACGCCAAGAUAGAUGCCGAUCAUCGGACUUCCCUGCUGCGGGGGGACAGCAAGCGGGUAUCGAUAGCACGUGGUCCCCACUUACCGACCAAACAGCCGCAGAUCUACCCCAAGUCGAUAGUGAAAACGAAAACGUACGAAGGUGUGGAAGCGCUGCGGCAGAUCGCAACCACCUCGUUGUUCCUGCAGAACGAGCAGAAGGUAUCAUCCAACCGGAUAGUUCCGAUUAUCAAGGAGCCAGAGAAAGAACCACCUUUAGAGCUUAGGAAAAUCGAUCCCCUCAAGGCUGACACGUUAAGUGUGAUGGAUAUCGUUAGUAUAUCGGACGGCGAGGAUGACGACGGAGACGAUGGAGAUAUGCGAAGUCACAAGCACGCACCGGCAACGGCUGCCAUUGCACUAUCCUCGGACACUCAGGUCAUAGAACUAACUGGCGAAGACGAUCAAUCACAUGCGAUGGUUGGCGGUGAUGGGCACCAUCAGAGGAAGGAUAGCAAGUUGAGAAGGCAGCGAACCUCGGUUAACCAGAACAAACCCACCAAAGACGAGAGCUCAUCUUCUUCGCUGUCGCCUGGAGCAGGUGGAGGUGGAAAUUUGCUGAUGGAAACGUCACUGAUGAUCAUCGGGCCCACCCCGGUUAGCUCGCCGACCAAACCACAACAAUCAACCCUAACGAUACCGAAGAGUGUGCCUGGGGGAGGAGGAGUCAUCAUGAACACGCUUCCACCAGGUGUGAUUUCCGGUCCAUCAAAUGGCAUCAUCACAACACAACCCAUACAACAAUCAACGUCCGCCUUUGGAGCUUUAGGUGCUCCGAGUAUAAGCAACACCAACACAUCCGUGCCCGGAUCAUUGUCACCGUUGCCCUCGACCUCUUACCUACCUAGUGCAGCGACGAUCAUGUCCCAGAUGUCCCCGCUAACCCCACCACACCUUCAUCAACAUCACAGUAGCAGUAGCAGCAGUAGUAACUAUCUUCUAUCGCCACCGUCGACUUCCGCAUUCCCCGCAUCUUCACCGAUUCUUUCGUCUAGUCUGGGACUCAGCCACUACACGGCUGAACCACUGAUAGCAGUGACAACUUCCUCGUCUAUGAUGUCACAUUCGACGACACAACCACCUCCGCCACCGCCAUCGUCAUCGAUCACAUCUUCGUCAGCAGUAGCAACAACAACAGCCGCGACCACUACCAAAUCCGAACCGGAACUAGUGUUAAGUCCAGCGAAAUUAGGACAGUAGGUAAUCUCUUUACAACAAAACAAACAAAAAAUUAACAUAUUUAGACCUUUUUCCAAAUGAACGAAAGCUGUGGGAGAGAGUAGCUACUUAUAUAGCAAGUAAAAGAACUAACUAACAAAACAACAAACUAUGCACGAACAUUACUGAGAGAUGUGUCUACAGACCAAGAGUUAAAAUCAAGCGAAGGGUCUAGUUGUACGGCAGCCAGCAGCAACCAGAGCGAGAAUCGAAACCCGAACAGACGAGAAUAAAAAACGAGAAACUAUCCAACGAUGAGAGCAUGCUGAAGAAAACUAUUGUUUCAAUUGCGAUGAAUGUACUGUACACACACUGUUCAGAUCCGAUGAAAUACUGACACAAACAGGCG